AUGUAUGCUUCUAAUAAACUCCCGACGGCCGUGCCAGCUAUCGUUCCCGACCCCAAGCAUUGCGCCGGGCUCCCAGGCACCCCAACCCACUCCCCGGCUCUCAGUACCCGCCAUCACACUAUUUCCCCCGGGCUCCGCCUUCCUCCCGAUGCCCGGCCCCAUUAUUAUCCCUGGCACCCGAGCUCCACCUCCUUCUUGGCUCCCAGGCUACACCUCCCGUCCGACUACGUGGGCUCAGGUCCACUAUCGCCCCUGGCUCCCGGUACCUGUUGGCGCAUAAAUGCCCCUGACAUUCGGGCUCCGCCUCCCGCCUGUCUCCUGGCGCCCGAGCCCAUUAUUGCCCUCGACUCUCGACCCAUGAUCCACAAGUACUCUCACCUCCUAGAACUUGGAUUUCACUCCCACAUGCAUAUGUGGCAUGAACAUUGUUCUCAUAAGGCACAUUCAUGUUUGACAUGUGUACAACCACGUGAUGAGCACAUGCGAACCUCGGCGAUACAUGAUUAG